AUGGUUGGCCCUGACAGCUCAGACCAUGUCCGUGAUAGCUCCAAGAUCCUCGGUAGAAGCGCAGGAGCUAAUGACGGACUAGAGCUGCGCCAAGGGCCAUGGUCCUUGUCCCAUGAUACAUACCCAUUGACGCAGGUCCACUCGUCGCUUCUCUUCGAUCCCUGUGAUGAUCGCUUUCCUUUCUUCGAGGUUUGUAUCUUGGAAAGAGAUAUGUGCGGUAAGGGGUUUCCUGGACUGUUGCCCGACCACGUGACCGAUAUCGGGCCAGGAAGUCCUCAUGUGACGCUGUCGGAGUUCCUGCGACGACCAAGUCCGCCGUGGUAA